UCGCGCUGCUCGGCGCGGCCAGGGCGGGGUUUGUUUUGAGAGCCGGAGAGAGAGAAGAAGAUGGCGACCGCAGGGUCCGCCGAGCGGCCUGGGACACCGGCCAGUGCCGCCGCCGGCACGUCCCGGUCCGGAGCGAGGCCCGGCCGGUGCCGCUCUAGGUCCGGCCCGCCGGAGGAAGACGAGCCCAAGAAGUGCGCGGCGUGCGCGGAGACACAAGCCGGCGGCGGCUCGGCCUGCGGACACCCGGCCUGUCCGCUCUGCCUGGCCCGGAGACACUCCGGCAGCGACGAGCGGCUCCGGAGGAGAAGCGACCCCGAGAGGAGCAGCAGCAGACCGGCCAGGAGGGACUGCGACAGCCGGAGAGAGCUCUUCCUGCCUCCGGCGCUUAUCCCAAAGUCUGCAGACAUUUUUUCAAGCCCGACUGGGAAACACAAGCUGUUGCUGUCUGAGGACAGAGAGGACCUGAAGAGGAAAAACUCUCUGAUCUGUAAAGACGAGUCUGGAUCAGUCCGUCGUGAAGAAGAACCUGGAGUUCUGUCCGACUCCGAGAACGAAGAGCCGAUCAGCCGGAGGAUCAGAAACAUCUCGGCCUUCAUCAGGAAAACCAAAAACUCGUCAGCCUUCACCAGUGGUUGUCAGAGGAGUCGCAGCUGCACCGACCCGGUGGAGGACCGAGGAGGGAAGCUGAAGGUGGUCGCUCAGCCGGCGGCCAUGUUGGACCGGGUCGGUAUCAGUCACAGCUUCGCGGCAGGAAUCCUUCUUUCCUCGGAGAACAGCCGCUCGCUCUCGGCUCCCAUCACCGCCCCCGACCGCCGCCUCACCUGGCGAGCUGUGCUGACAUCAUCGACCCCGCGGCCUCCCCCGCCUCGACCCGAACGCUCCAUCAGCCCCGAGAGCAACGACAGCAUCUCUGAGGAGCUCAACCACUUCAAGCCCAUCGUGUGCUCGCCGUGCACGCCGCCCAAACGCCUGCCGGACGGUCGCCUCAUGGAGCCCACCAUCGUCAAGUCCACGCCCAGGAACCUGACCCGUGGCCUGCAGAAGGCCACCAGCUACGAGGCGAGUCCGGCCGUGCUGCAGAAGUGGAGGCAGAUCGAACUGGACCGCCAGAGCCUCAAAGUCAACUCCAAGGCCACGCUGACGAGUCCCGUCUCCGAGCUGCACAGUAAGACCAACGGGGACGAUGCUGCCAAGACCCAACCGCCGCCGGCCGGGAACCGGAGGAGGCUACUGUUCGACCCGCCGGACGCAGACUUCCAGAAACAGUCAGUGAAGAUCCGAGUUCCUGCGAUCCGCUACAACAGCGAGUCGACCUUCAGAGGAAGCUCCGAGUCCUGCACUCCCGAGUCUGGUAGCGGGGGGGCGCUGUUCGGACGCAAGCAGUCGUUCUCGCCGUACACCAAGAACUCUGGUUUCCAGUCGUGUAAAUUAGUGCCAAAGGACCCGCCGAGUCCGAGGAAGGAGUCCGACAGUAGCAUCCACAACCAGUCUACCUCAUGGAGGGGCCAGAAGAGGAAGCAGAAGACCAAACACCUGGACUCGGGCCGCGACUCGGACCUGAAAAGGAGCCGACCCGUCAGCCAGGAGGCUUUUGACGAGCGCUACAUUCGGCAGCUGCAGCAGGAGCGGCAGGACCGAGCACUCGCCCUGAAGCUGCAGAGACAGUUCGACCUGGAGAACCAGAGCGUCGGCCGCCGCCGGAGCCCCGACAAGUACUUCCUGCGGUCCUGGAUGUCAACGCAGAACCGCAGGAGGCGGGGCCUGAGGAGGUCCCGGCGAAUCAACAAGAAGCACUAGAGAGGAGCCGGCGCCGGCUCAGCACAAAGACAGGAGGGAAUUCAAAUAUGCAAAGUGCCGAAAGGUUUGACGAACGUAUGAAUGUUGUUCAGCCGCUGCUGAGGACUUCCUGGAGACGUUUGUUCCAAACACCAGCAAAUCACCAAAAACUCGCUCACAGAACAUCGAAACGCUCAUCAGCUGAUCCGAACAGAUUUAAACUAAACUCUGACGGAGUCGCAGCGAAGUAAACCCAAACAUCCAUCAGCUUCCAGACAGACGAGGUGUUUGAUCAGUUUGAACCAGAGAAGAUGAAUCGGUUUAACCCUCUAAACUCCUGAUACAUUAAACUCACUGUGGUUCAUUUUUAAUUGCAAUAUAAAACCUGAACCUCCAGGAAACAGAACAACCAUAAACACAGACCGAGAAAUGUCUUCAGUGUAGAAAAAAUGUAAAAAGUCAAAUUUGUUUGAUAAUUAAUUUUACAAAAAUGGAAAUAAAAACAACCAACAAGUCCAACAAGACGACAACAUCAGAGGGGAAACACUCUUGACAAGUCACAUUAUAGAUACAGGAAGUCCUCGGUUUACGAUGUCCUCGGCUUCCGGCAUUUCGUCGUUAUGUCAGUUACGUUUACCGGUCCUCAAGUUUUCUUUUUUCCGAAGAACUAAUCGAUAUCGCGAUGCACGUUACGACUUUGUUUACAAUUUCGCCGGAGUUCCAACUUACAGCUAAUAUCAACUUGCAUUAGACGUAACUCCGACGUAAACCGAGGACGCCCUGUGUUUCACUAUUUAGACUUUUAUUAUGGCUCUUCUCUGCUCUGUGGAAACGCUGCCUGCAGUUCAACCCAAACAUUUCUGAAAUUUUGAGUUGAUGAUAAUGUCACGGUUGCACCCAAAAGUGGAUCAUUUUUAGUGUCUUACAGAAUCGGACCAAAUCUUUAAAUGAGACGCAUAGAAAUAUCAUAAAUUUAGGUUUAGCUUUGGUUGAUUUUCACAGUGAAACCUCACAAUGCGUUCAAGAACUGUUGGAAAGUUGAGAAUCCAACAAUGUUCUCUCCAAUAGAAACCUGCCGGCAGGUUUUAGGUUUCAGAGGGUUAAAAAACAGAAGAAAUAAAACUGGAAAAACAACGUGAGGAGCUCGAACCGGUGAAUCUUAAGGAGUUUUGACUCAAGCGAUUAAUCGAUUGAUGAUUCUCCGUCAGAAACGACAGAUCUUCUCCCGUCUGGAGGUUCAUCCGGCUGCAGCGAUCGGCACAAUCUGCUGUCUUUACUUAGGAUUGAGAUUUAAAAUCAGUUUGAUGAGUCUAAUCGACCCCAAACCUGAACCAGAACCAGUCGGAUCGUCACGCUUCCUGGAGCUGAUGGUCUUCCAGUCCGCUGUGGAGCCGAGGAUCCUGGGUAAUGCAGUCUUUACAGUCCUUCCACAGACCAACUAACUGAAGCUGAUUGGUCGGAUGUUUUCUACUGCUGUGGUUCGCCUCGUGUGAUUGGACGAGAUUCACUGGUGACGAAAUAAUGCAGUUUUUCUAGUAAAAGUCGAAGGAGGACGAGUCAGUCGAUGUUAAAGUUUUAUUUUCAGAGCCGUAUUCACAUCAUUUCACUGCAAUGUAAAGUCCUGAACCUCUAUGGAAACUACAAAUCAUUAAAAAAAUGGCCUUUUUCCUUGUCAUUUUGGAUCUUUUUUUGUAAAUUUGUUAGUUUUUGAACUAGUUUUGAAUAAUGUUGGCCACAAUUAAGUCAUAUUUGAGUAAAUUUGUGCAGAUUUCAAGUUAUUUCGUACCAUUUUUCUAAAUCUGGACUAAUUUUAAGCCACUUUGAACCAGUUUUGAAUCAUUUUGGCCAAAAUUUGAGUUUAUUUUUUUGACUUUUUGUUAUUCUGGACAUUUACUGAGUAAAUCUGGACAGCUUUGAAGCUAUUCUGAACCAUUUCUGAUUUGCUUUUAGUUAUUUCAGACUGCCUCAAGUUAUUUUAGACCAAUUUUUAAGUUGUUUUUUAUUCUUUUUAUACUUUUUUUGUCAUUCUGGACAUUUUUUGAGUAAAUCUGGUCAAAUUUAAAGUUACUUUGGACCAUUUCGGAGUUAUUUUUGAACCAGUUUUGAAUAAUUUUUGGCCAAAAUCUCAGUCAUUUAUGACAGUUUUCAAAUCAUUUUAGACUUUUUUUGUUGUUUUGGAUGAUUAUUGGGUAAAUCUGGACAGGUUUAAAGUUAUUCUGAACCAGUUUUGAGUCAUUUUGUACAAAUUCUGAGCGUUGACAUAGUUGGACUGAUGGAGAUCCCAAACAAAGAAUCGAUGAAAAACUGAUCUAAUGGACCCGACACACUACAUAGAUUUAUAUUUUUAGUUUUUCUCCGUCUUCAUCUGCUCUGUGGAAACACUGCCUGCAGUUCAGCCGAAUGCCACAGAUUCCUAUUUUUUCCAUUUUCUUUUCGGUAUAAACUGUUUAUUUUCAUUUUUUUUUUUUGUAAAUGAAACGCGUAAAGAGAUUUUGAUGAAAUAUCACAAUUUGAAGCUGAGAUUUGAUUAAUAUUCCUGCAGGUUGUACAUGAUACGUUCAAGGACUGUAGGAAAUUAAAAUAUUUGUCUCUUUCUGUUUGUGGCUCAUAUAUGGUGUAAUUUCUGUGAUUUUUUUAAAACUUUCUGACAGAUUUCGGGGUUCAGAGGCUUAAAAUCCUUCUGGAAAUUUAAAAAGUCGAAUAUAAAUGAGCUGGAAUCUUAUUUCCUCACUCAAACAUCAGUUUCACAUCAUAAAUUAUCAAGUUAAAGCCUGUAAGAUUUCACGUUAUCACAAGAUAAUUUAUAAUAAGAAGAGAUUGUUGUUUUAUCUUGAAAAAAUUAUAACAAAACCAACUUUUUUCAUGUUAGAUCAUCAAACAGUGAUCCUUUUUUGUUUUUUCUUUUGGUUUAAUGGCAAAAUAAAAAUAUAAACCUCAAAUGUUAAAUUUAAACCCAAAGACAGUCGCAGUUUAAUGAACAUUUUAUUUUCCCGAUUAUAAAUGAAACGGUUUGAAUCUGGUGUGAAUACGGCUCCUGUUUUUACAUUCCUGCUUCCUGAAUGAUUCCUUUGUUUUGUUUUUUUUAGCGUUUCUGUGUUUGUGAAUCUCCGGCUGCUUCCUUUUUAUCAGAGCUUUACUCUCCAACACCGAUAUGCACAUUUUCUCCGAACUAAAGCUUUUCGUCCUCCGGUCCGACAGCAGAGUUGUUCUCCGAGUGCCAAAAUGACGGACGGUUGUUCGUAGUUUAUAAUUCUGUAGUUUUGUAUGUGAGGCUGCUGGAAGAGAAACUAAAGGAGUUCAAACA